UGUGUCUCCUUUUGCUCCUCCCUUGGCAGCGUGAAGCCACCGCCCCUGGAAGGGGUGAAGUCGAACCCCUCCAAGCGCCAUCGGGACCGGCUGAACUCGGAGCUGGAGCGGCUGGCUGGCUUGUUGCCUUUCCCCGAGGAGGUCGUCUCGACCCUGGAUAAACUCUCCAUCCUGCGCCUCAGCGUCAGCUACCUCAGGGCCAAGAGCUUCUUCCACAUUGCUCUGAAGAGUCACUGCGGCAAAGGGGGAGCGGAAAGGAGCGGCGACCGUGACAAGGGAAGGACCUUGGGACGGGCUGACGGCAUCCUGCCCGAGGGCGAGCUGCUGUUACAGGCGCUGAAUGGCUUCGUGCUGGUGGUGACAUCCGAAGGGGAGAUAUUUUAUUCCUCGCACACGAUUCAAGACUAUCUGGGGUUCCACCAGACCGACGUGCUGCACCAGAGCGUGUUUGAGCUGAUCCACACCGAGGACCAGCCGGAAUUCAGGCGCAACCUUCACUGGGCCCUCAGCCCGCCCCCCGCGCCCGAGAGCGCCCCGUCGCCAGAGGGUGACGUGGGCGCCGGCUCCUCCCUUCCGGCCUACGAGCCCGGCCAGCUGCCUCCUGAGAACUCCGCUUUCCUGGAGAGGAGCUUCGUGUGCCGGUUCCGCUGCCUCCUGGAUAAUUCCUCUGGCUUCCUGGCUUUAAACCUUCAGGGCAGGUUGAAGUUUCUCCACGGCCAGAAGCAAAGGUCCGAGGACGGGUCUCUGCUGCCGCCCCAGCUGGCUCUCUUUGUCAUCUCCACGCCCUUGCAGCCCCCCUCCAUCCUGGAGAUCAGGACCAAAAACAUGAUCUUCCGAACCAAGCACACGCUGGACUUCACCCCCUUGGCGUGCGACGCCAAAGGGAAGAUCGUGCUGGGCUACACGGAGGCAGAGCUGCGGAUGCGCGGCACCGGCUACCAGUUCAUCCAUGCUGCCGACAUGCUGUACUGCGCCGAGAACCACGUCCGAAUGAUGAAGACGGGCGAGAGCGGCCUGACCGUGUUCCGGCUGCUGACCAAAAACAACAGCUGGAAGUGGAGGCAGGGCCAAGCCCCGCAUUACAUCGUCGCCACGCAGAGGCCACUCGCAGAGGAAGAAGGAGAUGAUCACCUUCGGAAGCGCUCCAUGCACCUGCCUUUCACCUUCGCUAUGGGAGAGGCGCUGCUGUACCAGUCUGCCUGCCCCUUUCCUGGCUUCCCCGAGCCUUUGCCGAGCAAGGGGAAGCCCCGCAAACCCAAAAAGCAUUCUCUGGGGAAAGGGGGACGGCCCCAGAAGGACAGCGUGGACCCCAAUUCUCUCCUGGGAGCCAUGAUGAGGCAAAAUGCGGCGGUUUACGUCUCCCACCCGGCUUCUACGCCCAGACACGCCGUCAGCCGCCCGCUCACCCCCCACCAGGGCAGCUCGGGCUUCUCUGGCUCUGGAGAAGACGGCUGGAGUGGGGUCGCUAAUGCCUUGGCCUCUGGAGAAACCGGUCCCAAGCCUGUACUGGCUGAUGGGAGGCCCGGGGACCCCCUGCUGGGUUCUCUCUCCAGUAGCAGUGAAGAAGCCUGUUCCACUCACGAGAUGUUUGCUGCUUUGGAGGGGCUGGGGCUGACUGCGGAGGACCUGGAGCUCUUGCUGUUGGACGAGAGGAUGGUGAGGGUCGACCUGGACCUGGAUCGUGUUCCGUCGCUGAACGACCUGUUAACAAACAACGAAAUCCUCUCCUAUGUUCAUGGUUCGCUCGCCAGCCGAUGCGAGGGGGGGCCCACCGGGGAGCAGCAGGCCUGUCCCUUGUCAGGUCCGGCCCCGAAUCCAAGCCCAGACCUGGGGGCAUGUCCAUCCCAGAUGCCGGAGGAAAGAUACCCCUGCUCCUCCCAGCCCCCAACCCCCCUGAUCUUGCACCUCCCCCAGCAAAUGCAGCAGUGCCUUGCAAGCCAAAGCCCUCGGGGCAGCCAGCCCUGGGAGCCGCCGCUGCCCUGCGGUCGCAGUCAGCAAGCUGAUGAGGAGCAGCCCCCCGGCCUGCAGUGGAGGCCCCCCGCCGGAGCGGCUGAGGUCGGGCCGUCUCCCGUUGGACAGGCACCCCUGGGCAAUCGGCCGCAGGGUCCACAGUGGGUCAGACCUCCUGGAUCAAGACAUCUCCAUGAGCCCCUGGCGCCCCCUUACCAACAGCAGCAACCCGCGGCGCCACUGGAGAGCAGCCCCUAUGCCGGGCCAGGAGCAGCGGGGCCGUUCCUGCAGCAAAGCCAGCCCUGCCUCCCGCCACGCCCGGCCCAGGCGCACACGGAGCCGCUGAGUCAGCUGAUGCUAAAACCCGACCAGCACUUGCUGGUGAACGGGCUGGACGACCAUGCCUCCGCCAGCCGGCCGGCCCUGGGGAACAACACAUGGCAGCGCUGCUGGCCUGCGAAUCAGCCGCCCCAUGUCUGCGGUGUCGAACGGGGGCGCCUCUGUCUGUCCCAGCUCUGCCCAGCUCCAGUGCCAAACCCAGGCGGGGCCGCCCUUCCUUUCUACCUGGACGGGCUGCCCAGCACAGGGACGGGCGCUAGAGGAGCCUGCCAAGAGGAGAUGACUCCUUGUCCGGGUUUUGUCCCCCCUUCCUCGUAUCCUCCAAAGCCGCCAACCCCUGUUCCUUUGGCGUCCCAGUACCCAGCCUUGGAGCACUGGGGGGCUGCCCAGGGGCAGCAGGAAGGCUCCCUGCACUCUUGC